GAGGAAAUAUGUCGAGACUGGAUAUAAUGACGCAGAUCCCGCUUAGCUCCGACGUAAGCCCUAUAUUUUCCAGGAUCAUCACGGCAUUUUUGCACGCGAAUUGGGAGAAGAGGGUCGGAAGUUGGACAAAUGAGGAAUUGGAAGCCUUGCCAAUAAAGCUUGUGACUACGUGAAGAUCGACGUUUGGAUGAUUUGGUGAGAAGUCAAAAAGGACUACUUCCGCUGUUACUUGCGACUGCUGAAAGUCGCAACUUUCACUUCUUGCGUGAAAACUUCAAGAUGCCCGUCAAUAACAGCGUUAAGAAAGGUUUGGAACUAAUUGAAAAGGAUACUUCCAAGGUGCUGGGCUUAACGGUUGGUAAAAAUGUGGUCACGCCUGGUAUGUAUAUACCAAAAGCAGAAGCACAAUCUCCUCCCGAGCUACCUUUCGCCGCCCCCUCGCCCUCUGCCACAUACCUAGUCAUUGGUCUCGAUAUCGACGCCCCAUUCCCUGCAUUCGGACCUCUGGGUCCUAUCCUUCAUUGGAUCCAGCCGGGUCUGAAAGCGUCUCCCUCGACCUCAACGUUGACCUCAAACGAGCCGUUCGUGGCUAAUUAUAUUGGACCGGCGCCGCCGCCGUUCGGGGGAGCCCAUCGUUAUAUCUUCUUCUUGUACGAGCAGCCUGCUGGCUUCGAUGGGAAGCAACUUGCGCCGCCUGGAGGGAAGAAGCUUGGUAAUGGGUCGAGGAUGAGGUUUGAUUUGGAUGCGUUUGAGAAGAAGGAGAAACUUGGUCCGAUAUUGGCUGUCAAUUACUUUAAGAGUAAUUGAAGUGGCUUCUUUCGGAGGAGCCGGAGUGCGGAAGAAGAAUGUUUGAAGAAAGGGUCCGGGUGAUGUUUGAUUUUGCCGGAUUGUCUUGUACAUUC